AUGUGUGGAACAGAAGAAAGAGUGUUGGCAAACUGUGUUGUGCAAAAUAAAUCGCAACCUGAGCGAGCGUCACCGAAAACGGCAAAGCAUUCCCCACAAACCAUUGAUAACUUCGUUGUCAAUCUUUCGUCUGUGCGGCCAACACAAGCAGAGCUGGAUCUGUUAAACAAGGGCUUGAAUUUUGCUAUCUCUCCUUCGUGUGCGCCGAUCGCGGAUACUGUAAGCAACGUUGAAAGCGCGAUCCAGUACAGUAGUUUCUCGAGUAAAUCGGCCAUCCGCUAUGACGUUGAGCAAUGUAUCUCCAAAACAAUCAGCAAGGGGGAAAAUCAGUCGCAAGCGAAUUUCGAGACAUGGUGUCUGAUCCGUAAAUUGCAGGACCGGAAUGUGGUCUACUCUAGAGCGGACAAAGGAAAUGCAGUGGUGAUUAUGGACAAACCAGACUACGACUCUCGUGUUCUUGACAUGAUCGACGAUGGCCCAUAUGAAGAGUGCAGAUUCAAGAAUGGAAAACCCAAAGAUCCCCUCAAUGCGAUGAUUGAAGAAGCUACCGUCGCCCGUCAGAAAGUAGCGCGUUUGGUGGGAGAAGACUGUCUGGAAAGGAAAUUGCAUGUACCCAACCCAAAGGUAGCGUCCCUCUACUGUUUGCCGAAGAUUCACAAGAAUCCAGUAGGAAUGCGGCCAAUUUCUUCCAACGUCUCGACUCCUACCGAGAAGAUGGCUGCUUGGCUAGUUCAUGAACUGAGAAAAUAUUCUGUAACCCAUGGGAGAAGCGUCCGUAAUUCGGUUGAAUUGGUGGAGCACCUGAAAGAUAUCGAACUUCGGCGAGGGGAAGUACUCGUAUCGUUUGAUGUAACUGCGCUGUUCCCUAAUGUACCAGUAAAUGACGCCUUGAAUAGCCUGCAAAGGCAUUUAGAACGAUGUCGAGUGCCCCAAAACCAAAUUGAGGCUUAUCUUUUGGUGGCAGAAGUUUGUAUGAACCAGAACUAUUUCUCAUUUAGAGGGAAGUUCUACAAGCAGACUUUCGGCCUCAGCAUGGGGAGCAAACUCUCUCCACUCCUGGCGAACCUCUUUUUGAGUGACUUCGAAGAUGGAUUAGAGAAAGAAAGGUGUUUUCCUCGAGUCUGGAGACGCUAUGUUGACGAUGUCUUCGCAGUAGUCAAAGAGCGGUAUUUGUCGCAGACGCUUGAACUACUGAAUUCACGACAUAGAACUAUCAAGUUUACGGUAGAGCAAGAAGCAGAGGGUAAACUGCCCUUCCUUGACUUGAUGAUCUCGAGGAGGGAAGAUAAUAAACUGAAGUUUGGAAUAUAUCGAAAACCAACCUCCACGGAUCGGUAUAUAACAUCAGACUCUAAUCACUUCGGAGCCCAGCAAAAAGCAGCUUUCCACUCCAUGGCCCAUCGUCUCUACAACAUUCCCAUGGAAAGAGAUGAUUUUGUCGAGGAGAGGAACAGGAUCCACAAAGCUGCUGAGUUGAAUGGGUACGAAAGAGAGUUUGUGGACAAAAUUUUAAGAAAGCACGAGAGGAAGAAACACAGGAGUAAUGCUACGACACUGCGGCCAGAAAAGACGGAUGUGAAAAGGAUUAGCCUUCCCUUUUACCCAAAGCUGACCAACCCAAUCCAAAGGGCCCUCAACCAUCACGGAUUUCAGGUGGUAUACAAGAGUAGCAACACCUUGAAGGAUGCGUUGUGCAAUCUGAAAGACAGAGUCCCAGCCGAAGAAAAAUCCGGAGUUUACCAGAUACCGUGCCAAAACUGCCCAGCGGUAUACAUUGGGCAAACACGCCGUAAGUUUAAAACUCGUCUACGCGAACACAAGAACGCGGUGGAACAUGGAAGGACUUGUGAUUCGAGUGUGGCAAUGCACGCCACGACGCUGGGACAUACUGUAGAUUGGGAGCAAGCGAAACUGCUUAAAAAUGUCCGAAAAGUUACACAACUGAACGCAUGGGAAUCCAUGUAUAUAGCUACUGCCGACCGCCCAUUAAUGAAUGAAGACGAUGCCCCAAUUACGUCCUCCCUUUUCCACUUGACCAAGCUGAGAAUUCAGUAA